GGUUAGAGCAGCGCGAUGGCGAACGCAGUGCUUAAACACUGUGUAGUAGGACUACGUCUGUUCAGAUGGCAGAACCACACAAGAGUGGGAGAACUGGCCGCAUUCAUGAAUACUGGAAUAGCUGGCAAGAAGGAAAUCUCCUAUGAGGAUCUGAAAGCACUUCUGGCAAAAAGCCAGAAUCUCCUCUUGGUCGAUGUUCGUUCCCAAGACGAAGUGGAUAAAGGACGUAUUCCAGGAUCCACUCACAUCCCAGUUGCGACAGUAAAAGAUGCUUUUUCAUUGGAGCCAGAAGAAUUCAAGGCCAAGUACGGAGUGACCAAGCCACCACUGGAGACGUCAGAGCUGGUGUUUCACUGCCAUAUGGGCAGGCGAGGGGCAGCAGCCACAGCUGAGGCCUCUAGCCUAGGAUAUGUGAAUGCUUGUAAUUAUUCUGGAGGAUAUCAGGAGUGGUCCAUGAAAGAGAAGAAGUAAUCCAAAUUGAAGGAAAGGCUGAGCAUAUAUUUAUACAAAUAGCAAUUGUGAAAGCUUAACAGGAAAAAUAAAGAAAUAUUCUGGUGCCUUAUUUGUUAUCAUGUGAUACCGUUUCGUUUUCAUAGUGCUUCCUUGUAUUUAAAGUGUAUGACACAAAUAAAAUGUAUGAUAUUUA